AUGCGGGACACCAAAUUUAGUCACCCCAAGUUGUGCAGCGUGUCCCUCGACGCACGGUCACAAAUCGGAAGAAAGACCCUUUCCUCGCACGUCACGCGUCACUGCGUGAUUUUCAUAUUCAACGAAAAAAAAAGAGGGGACACCGCAUGGUGCCGAUCUGACACACCUGCCACAUCGAAAGUAAGCUGGUGUCGAGCGUUUCGGCUUCGCGACAUCACCUCCAUUGUCUCCAUGAAGCGCCACGAGAGCCAGGAAGCGUGCCAAGCCGAGCCAAGCUUGCCGUCGUCCUUCGACGUGACCAGUCACCUUGGUGUGCAUUUGUACGUCUCGUGGUUCGACCUGCCGCAUCCGAGCAUUCAUGACAAAACUACAACGAUCGUCCAGGCCGCGGACGUGGGCGAUCAAUUUGUCGUCACUGCUACCAUCAUGGCACCAGACUCUAAAACACUGGCAGUAGACGACCCUUCCUUGUUGGCAAUGGUAAAACCGAUGACAGAAGAUAUCCGCAACAGACGCUUUCGUGUUCACCUGGAAUGGAAAGACUUGCGUACAGGACGUGCUGUGCCGCUCCGGGAGCUCUUCGUACUCACGACGUUGCCCUUGCUCUUACGCGACCUGGUCAGCCAAGCCACUUCGCGUCUCAUGUUCGAAACGUUGCUCCGCGAUACCCCGACGGCAAAAGUCUAUCACCGAUCCUGGCAGCACCGCCAACGUGACAUCGUGCCUUUGAUCAGCAGCAUCGCCACAUCCAUGCGCUCGCUGAUAACACACGCCUCGCAAUCGGACCAGCUCGACCCAGUGCUGCAACAGCUCGGACUAUCACAAUCACUGCCAAGCGUGAUCAUCCUAGUCAACUUUCUGACCAAGCUGGACAUGGACUACCAUCCCCCGUCCAAAACACACUUGCCGGCUGCCAGUCGUGCCAGAUCGAAUCGAAAGCCAGGCGGUCACACCGAUGUCCCAGCAGUCGUGUUUGCCCCGGACCAAGAUGACGAUGCCUUCGGCUGGAUUGACAACCUGCCGGCGCAGCAAUCCACCAGAUCGCAUCAGGCUGAACACGAUGACAACUCAAGCCAGGUUUGCUUUGCGCCGGACGACGACGACCAAGACCAAGAAGACACACAUCUCUGCUGGUCAGAGAUCUUGCGAUUCUCUCAGGAGUAG